AUGCCCAGCGCAAUCCUCCCACCAGCAGCAGCAGCAGCAGCAGCAGCAGCAAACGUCCACAACAUGGACAACCUCACCGCCAAACUCAAAGGACAGACUCUCCGUCUGCCCAACAUGCGCAACCUCUUUCCCGGCUGGACCAAGGCCGUCAACCCUUUACUUGACGAGCUCACGCUUUGGUUCGAAGAGGAGAUGGUGAGGCUCUUUCCGGAUGCUAAAGUUAGGGCCAAGAUCAGGAAGAGCGAUUUCCCUGGUUUUGUUUGUUUAACAUUCCCCGCCUCCCCUCUUCCCCGUCUCCGAACUAUUACUUAUUACGCCCUCUGGUCCUGUCUCUGGGACGACGAGAUGGAGUCCUCUUCGACCCAAACGCUCGCCCACCGCGAACUCGAAUACGUCCGCCACCUUCUCGGCUUCUCCUUCUCCCACCCAUCGAAAAGACACCAAGUUGUACCACCGCCUACCAAGCCAUCGCAGCUUUUUGCGGAACCGGCAAAGGUAUUGAGGGAAAAUUGGUCGGAACAGCAGCUGAAGAGGUUCAUGGGUGAGAUGGAGUUGUAUAUUGGGGCUUGUGCUGUGGAAGAGGGGUAUCCUAACGGAAAAGGAGUGUUGCCGACAGCGGAGGAGUAUACAGGGAAUCGAAUGGGGAGCUCGAGUGGGGGAACGUAUUUUGCGCUUGCUGAGUUUAUGAUCAACGUUGAGAUUCCGCAGGAAGUUCAUGAUUUGGAAGAGAUGAGGACGAUAUGGGCCGAGUUGUGUCGGACUGUUUCUUGGGUUAAUGAUUUGAUAUCCCUCAAGAAGGAAAUCAACUCAAGCCUCUACAGCCUCAUUCCCAUCACCAUGAACGAGACCGGCCAAGACCUCAACACUGUUGUGUCCGAAGUCCUUCAAGAACUCGAAUCCUCUCGUGAGCGGUUCGAGAGCGCGGCUGGAGAGCUUUUGUUCAAGAUCAUGAAUGAGAACUCGAAAGUCCGUAAUGAUGUGGAGAGGUUCAUUGAGAGUUGUACAAUUAUGGUCACUGGGUAUACUGAGUGGGCGUAA